AUGGCGGACCAAGAUUUAAAAAGAAAAGUCAGCUCGACCGCUGCCAAAUCCAAAUCGUCUGAAUCUGAAUUCUCAAUAAGAAAUGGUGUUAGUAAAAGUACAUUUGAUGACGAUAAGAAAAUAGAGUCCAUUAUGGAAGAAAAGACCACAAAUAAUGAAGAUGGAAAAAAUUUUAAGGACACAAGUCUUCUUAGUAUUGAUGAUGUGUUGGAAGAGGUUGAUGAACUGAUUGAUGAGUUUGACGACGAUACGGAUAACGAUAACGAGGAGAUGAGGCCUCCUGUUACGCCGUUUGCUGAUGCUGAUGCUCAGGAACAGGAACAGGAACAACCCCCACCGACAUCCGUAGCUGAAGACCAGAUUUACAGGAAAAACAUUGAAAAUAUACCUAAAGCUUCUUUCAAAAAUAUUAAAUUAUCCGAAUCUAGUCAAAGGUUUUUUAAAAUUUCUACAAUUAGUUCUUUAAGUUCAAUAGACAAUGCAAGUUUGAGGCGAACAAAGAAAAAAUCUAUGAAACUAGAACAGGUGUCACAUUUGCUAGAAAAAGAAUCAGUAGCAUUUUUAGAUGAUUUCGAUAUUCCUGACAUCCCCAUAGAAACUGAUGAGGAAGAGGAUGAGGAGGAGAAUGAUGAAAAAUUGGUAACAAAAAGUUCUGAAGCAUCCACAAUCAGUCCAAAUGCUGAAGUUGUAGGCAGACAGCAGGAAACUAGUGACUUCACAUUGCUCGACCCUGACCACCCACAAAUGGACAGAUUCCAGGAAGCACUGAGAGAACAAUAUGAGAAGAAGAAUGGCGAACUGAUAAUUGAGAUGAUGGAGGCGAACAAUUGUUUAAAGAAGAAAAAAGAAGAAAAAACUGAAAUGGCUCUCUACUUGAGAUACCUACAAGCAGAUGUUGAAAAAUCCAAAUCCAUCCUUCAGAAGCAGCAGACUGAUUUUGAGGAAGUGUCCCAAAAGAGGAAGAAGGAGGAUGAUGAGUUGGAGGAAGCCAGAAGGAUGUAUGAGGAAAAGUUGAUGCAACUGCAAUGUGAAAAUAAAAAAUUGGAAAAUUUAAAGGUAGAGUUGGACAACGUGAACACCCACCACUUGUACCUGGAGUGCAAGGGCAGUGCUCUGAGAGAGGACAUCAUGAUCACACGCAGGUGCCUAUCCCGAACCAAACAACUGGCCAAUCAGGCCGAGGAGAAACAGCAAGAGCAUGUUAGGAUGAUGAAGAGGAAUGGUGUGAUGGGGUGUGGCGUGUGGGUGUAUGUGGAGGAAUGUUGGGUGGAGGGGUGCAGGCAGAGGAAUGACCUGCUGCUGACACAGUUGAACAGGAAGAAGCAGAGGAUCGAGGAGGACAUAGACGCAUUCAACCUGAACAUCGAUGCCAUGCAACUCGAGAUCAAGCUGCUCAAUGAAAGUAUUUCCGAGGCCGCUGUCGAACUGGAGGCGGUUCAGUUAGAGAAGAAGAACGUGAUGCAGCAGUGGGAUUGUCAGUUGUUGAUUGCCCAGAAGAAGGACGAAUCGCAUAAUCAGGCCCUCCAAGUAUAUCAGUCGAUAUUGGGGCAGUUGAAGUCGGAGACCUCGGCCAUCGAGCAGCUGAACAAGGCCGUCAGUGAGGAGCAACUUAAGAAUGCUGACCUCCUGAUGGAAAUGAAAAAGUCAUUAUUGGGAUUUUUUUUAUUCAUUUAUUCAAUGAUUUAA